AAAAAAACUAUUUUAUUUUAUACAGGCAUCUUCACGGAAUGCUAAACUUCCUCUCGGGGUCCUGACCAGACUUGAAUUUCGACAUGGCGACUUUCACCACCGGUCUAUUAAAACCUUGGACGCCAAGGGUGAUGGCGAUGCGAUGGAGCAGAUACAAUCCUUACUACCUGGAGCCAGAGGUGAAGAAGGAGGCGUACAACAGACAAGAAACCGAACUGAGCGCCGAGGAGAAGGAAGCGCUGGAGCUGAAGGCAGUCAGACCCAUCAAGGCAGCAAUCAACAGUGUCUCCAGCUCGGUUUUUGACGAGCCGCUCGUCAAUAAAUUCAUCAACAUGAUGAUGACGAAAGGAGAAAAGAUUUUGGCAAAACAGAUCAUGACAGAGACUUUGGAGCAUAUCAAAAGGAAACAGGUGGAGAAAUACCACAAAGCUCCGGAGGACAAGCGAGAGGAGAUUGAGUGCAACCCUUACGCCAUCUUCCACCAGGGUAUAGAGAACUGCAUGCCAGUAGUAGGUCUUGCUAGCAUCACGAGAGGUGCAAGGGUCUACCAGGUGCCUGUGCCGCUGAAAGACAGUCGACGUCGCUUCCUGGCAAUGAAAUGGAUGAUCACGGAGUGCAGAGAGAACAAACACCGCCGCGUGCACAUGUACGAAAAACUCUCCCAAGAGCUGCUGGUGGCCGCCGCCAAGGAGGGCGUCGUUUUCAAGAAGAAGAUCGAUAUGCACAAGAUGGCCGAAUCCAACAGAGCAUACGCCCAUUACCGCUGGUGGUAGUCAAAGACUGGAUGUUGGAAGGCUAUCCAUCCAUCCAUCCAUCAUCUUCCGCUUAUCCGAGGUCGGGUCGCGGGGGCAACAGCCUAAGCAGGGAAACCCAGACUUCCCUCUCCCCAGCCACUUCGUCUAGCUCUUCCCGGGGGAUCCCGAGGCGUUCCCAGGCCAGCCGGGAGACAUAGUCUUCCCAACGUGUCCUGGGUCUGAUAAAUUUGAAAAUAAAAUAACAAUGAGGUGGGCGGGGUUGGAGGGGGGCGGGGUUUGGUUGUAGGUGGGGUGUAUGUUGUAGCGUCCCGGAAGAGUUUGUGCUGCAAGGGUUUCUGGGUAUUUGUUCUGUUGUGUUCAUGUUCUGUUACGGUGCGGAUGUUGUAGGUGGGGUGUAUGUUGUAGCGUCCCGGAAGAGUUUGUGCUGCAAGAGGUUCUGGGUAUUUGUUCUGUUGUGUUCAUGUUCUGUUACGGUGUUUGUUAUUCUUGCUUGGUGUGACUUCACAGUGUGGCGCAUAUUUGUAAUAGUGUUAAAGUAGUUUAUACGGCCACCCUCAGUGUGACCUGUAUGGCUGUUGACCAAGUAAGCCUUGCAUUCACUUGUGUGUGUGUGCAAGCCACUAGUGAUGGGUUGAUGAGGCUUCGUGAAGCGUUUCGACACAUUGCAAAACUGUUUUGCUACUGUGUCACUAAAUACUGACAUCUGCUGGACAUUAAAAAUCCCUACAGGCAACCUAUG